AUGAAUAGAACAAUGUUUAGAGGUAUUCAAUAUUCAAAGCAAUUCAAAAGUGUUUCUUGCAAUAACUAUGGUUACACUCCGAAAUCAAUCAAUAUCAAUAGUAACAAUUUUAGAUCGAUUGUAUCAAAUAACAUAAAUGCUAUUCAACAACAGCAACAACCACAAAUAAGAUCAUUUUCAAGUUUAAAUAUUAAUAAUAAUAUUAAACAAAACCAAUCAAUUUUCAACCAACCAAUGACCAUCAAUAAUUUAAGAAGAUACAGUACUCAACAACAACAACAACAGACACCAAAGGAAACAGAACAAUCGAAACAAACAACAUCACCAAAAGAAGAGUUGAAGACAGAGGAGAAAAUAGUGGAUCAAUCGAAUACCAAUCAACAACAACAAGAAGAUCCAACAAAGAAUCUAUCGACACCUGAAAAGAUCAAAUAUCUAUUCAAACAAUAUGGUUUGUUGGCAGUUGUCGUUCACUUUAGUAUCUAUGGUGCAACACUUGGUGGACUCUAUUUGGCAUUGUCAAACGGUGUAGAUGUCGAGCAAGUGUUCACCUAUUUCGGAAUCGAACAAACCAAAUUAGGAAAGGGUCUCGGUGUCUUUGCAUUGGCAUUCGCGCUCACCAAACUCACUGGUGUAGUACGUGUACCUCUCACUUUAAUUUUAGUUCCCGUUUUAUCACGUUAUAUUCGUCGUGCCAAACUUACAUAUUAG